UUCUUUGGACAUUUGACACCUGCAGUGGAAGACCUUCAUUAUCAACACAUAUACCAGCCUGUUCCUGUCAAACAGAAGUCUCCUGCUCUUGCACAAGUUCUUAAUGAGAUCUCCUCUGGGUUGUUUGGUGACAGGGGCGUCCUGCUCAACACAAUUCUUCAGGGAGACUAUUAUCUUAUUACUCAAGAUUUUGACUCCUAUAUCAAGGUUCUUCAUAUGGUGGAUGAAGCCUAUAAUGACCGAACAGAGUGGGUUAAGAAGAGUAUCAGAACCACUGCAAAGAUGGGCAAGUUCAGCUCUGAUUGUGCAAUCCAAGAUUAUGCACAGGAGUACUGGAACAUUCACAGCACCAAGGUC